AUGCAGGGCACGACCAUUACGAAUCCGUCGCGCAGGAAGACCACGCCUCCCAAUGUCAAGAAGCCCGUCCCGGACUGGCACAAGCUGGUCCGCCCACCCAUGUCCGAUGCCAACCCUCGGAAAUCCAACCUUGAGAAGGCCAUGGACGAAGACCUCGCAGAGCUCAGGAUCUGCAUAGACAUGUUCCUCAACUCACGCAUGAACGAGGCCGAGGCCCUGCUCCGGGGACGUCACAAACCAGAGUCGAUGUAUUACCAGUUCGGCAAGGCCCUGGUCGAUGCGCUGAGGGCUAUCCUCACUUUCUAUCCAGACGACAUUGAAAAGGCGAUGAAGAGCUUUGACUUGACACUCAAGGUGGCGAAUGCACAGCGGAAGACGAGCUCGAUCAUCGGAAUGGGUACCGUCAAGGCGUUCGGGAGCUGGGUCGUAGGGACGAUCGGUGCCAGCAGCUUCAAAGGGAUGACCAGGAUUGAGAAGCACGCGGAACUGGUCUACGCAGAGGCAAUGGUGCUGAGGGCCGGGUUCAGCAUCCUCUACCAUCAAGACUUUUGGUCGCUGCUCGAAGAAACCGUCUCCCUGCGCUCGGCAUUCGCAAUCUUCAAUGGCCUCAAAUCCCAUUUUGACACUGUGGAACAGGAACUCAAGGCUGGGGGCGACAUCUCGGAGCACCAUCUAGACGAACACCUGGUCACCGGCCUCAUCUUUGCAGCCUCGCUCUUCAACAUCGCCAUCUCGUUUUUUCCUGAUGUCAUCAUCAAGCUUCUCCAGUUUGUUGGUAUGCCAUCCGACAGAGACUGGGGACUCGCACUGCUCAACACUGCAGGACAGUGGAAUCCGAACGCCGGACCGGACUCUCCAAUCGACUUCCAGCAGCGGCUAAACUCACCGACAAACGACGGCAUGAGGCGGCAGAUCUGUGAUAUGGCUCCGAUUGCCAUCCAUUUGAUCGCGACGUCGUUCUUGCCGUUCCGGCAUGUGGACUAUUCGUUCGCGGAGCGGAUCAACAACUACAACCUGCACAAGUACCCGGAAUCGAUGUUUUUCUUGUUUCUUAAGGCAAGGCAUGCGCAAGUCAACACGAGACUGGACGAAUCGAUUGCGAUCCAUGAGGCGAUCACAGUGCAACCAGAAUGGAGAAACCUGAAGCAUGCGUGCGCGUUCGAGCAACUGAUGUGCGCCAUGAUGGAGAGCGACUAUGAUCUGGCAUGCACAAAGAGUCGCUUGCUUUUGAGGGAGAGCAACUGGUCCAAGACCAUAUUUCGAUAUUUAGCAGCAAUCACGACGAUGAGGCGCGGACGGCGCAAGGAGGCCGAAAGGGUUGUAGAGCUAAUGAAGAAGGUCGAGUUGGGGAUGCAAAAAUUCUGCGGGGUUGAGGUCUUCCCGGAGACAUUCUGCGCAAGAAAAGCAAAUCGAUACCUGAAUGAGGGUCGUCGUCUUCUUCUCCCGGACUACGACUUCCUCGUGCUCUGGAACGGGUUUGAAAUGAUGCCCAUGAAGUCCCUCCGUGUCGCGUUAUCCAACAUCAUGCUCGAGGUCCAGCGGCUCGAUGCGCUUUUGCCGCCGUCUAUGCUCGCCAUAUCGGAUUCGCGGCUCCCCAAGGGUGGCUAUACCAUCGAGGCGACCAAGGGAAUCAUGGGUACAUUCCGCUCUGGAGUCCACUCACUCACAAAAGCCGACAAAGUGGAAGGUUACGACCACUUUUACGACGACUACUGCAUCGUCCAUUACUUGCUUGGCCUCGUCGCCAAAAACAUUGCGUUCUUCCCCGAGGAGGUCUUUGACUCGGACAUGUGUGUGCUUGCGAUAAAGGCCUUCAAGACUGUGUUCCGGUAUGCGCCUUACAUCAAGGACGACACCUAUGCAUAUUACUUUUCACAUUAUAAUAUAGGCCUGAUCAUGAUGAAACAAGGGCAGUUGGACCGGGCGGAGGAAAAGUUCAAGUACUUGCUCAGCACGAUUAAUCCGACAUUGAUGGGCCUUCCGGCGCUGAUCGCGGGUAAGGGACGUAACUCGCUCGAGGUGCUGAUCUUGGCCAAGGCCCAUGCGGCCAUGUUCCUGCUGAGCGAGGAUCGUGCACAUGCAGCGGCAGACAUGUCUCGACCGGAUAUAACAGCAAGACAGCAGAUUUCGACCUCAGAGUCGUCUUUGCCUUCGAGUCCGGAAGGGUUGAGUGCUGCGCUCGGUGGGCUGGUCGUGACAAGGACGACGCAUUCCUCAGUGGAGUCGACGUCGUCCGGACGCGAGUCCACGGGCUCGGCUUCGAGCAUAACCAAGAUCGUAUAUGGCUACCGAGAUUUCCCAGUCGUCGAUGUGUCUCGCCAGCACUAA